AUGGGAAUGCCUCGAGCAGGUAAAGACGACGAUGUUGAAGAAGCCAAAGCUGUCGAGCUUGAAGAAUGCCAAAGCGUGCCCGGCGCUGUCGUCGUCGAACAAGGCAAUGGCGCUGUACUCCUUGACGUUGGCCACGUCAAGGGGCAAUCAGGAGGAACCAAUUUGAAGUUGACCAGGGAUGGCCAUACUGUCCUCGUCCCACAGCCCACGGAUGAUCCCAAUGACCCGUUGAACUGGUCCGAUCUCAAGAAGAAUCUCCUCCUGCUCGCCAUCAGCCUUGCGGCGUUUCAAAGCGACUAUCAAACUGCCGCGGGCGUCCCGAGUGUCGGUCUCCAGGGCGUUGAGUGGCAUCUCUCUCCCGUCCACGUCAACUACGCAGGGAAUCUCAAUGUUUUGAUGAAUGGGAUCGGAGGACUCGUCUGGAUUCCCCUGAUCUACUUCUGGGGCAGGGCUCCCGUGUUGUUCUGGACCAGUUUCAUCGGCACCUUUCUCACUCUGGCGACUUGCCUCGUCCCCGAUUUUGCCGGAUACUACGGCCUUCGCGCGUUGAUGGGGGUUUUCCUCAGCUCCGGCCCUGCGGUCGGCCUGGCCUUUAUCCAAGAUGUCUUCUUUCUCCACGAACAGGCGAGGAAGAUCGGCAUCUGGAUCUUCGCCGUGCAGGUCUGCCCGUACUGUUCGCCCAUGUUUGGCUCGUACAUUAUUGCCGCCACGGGGUCGUGGAGAGCCACGUUCUGGGUCGUGUUUGGCCUGGAGGCCCUGGUUCUGCUCUGUCUGGCCCUCUUCCUCGACGAAUCCUUCUAUCGGAGGGACCUGCCGCUGUCAGAGCAACCCCCGCGCGGGACCAGGAUCCUGCGACUCGUCGGUUGGUGGCAGUUUCGGGUCCACCGUCGAUACUUUGCCAGUUUUGCAACCUCGUUCCUCCGCGUGUUUGAGAUCUUGCUCAAACCCAUCAUCAUCCCGUUGUUGGCAUUCUACUUGUUGAGCUGUAUGUGGGCGAUCGGCAUCAACCAGUCGUCCGCCAUCCUCUUCGCCGAACCCGUGUCCGCGGGUGGCUAUGGAAUGAGCCUCAAUUCCACGGGCUACUUGUAUUUUGCGCCCAUUAUUGCCGUGCUGAUCGGCGAGACAUUGGGUCAUUUCAUCAACGACUGGACCACCGCCCGCUAUGUCCGCCAGCACCACGGGGUCUUCAAGCCCGAAGCUCGUCUGCCCCCAGUCUACCUGACCCUCUUGCUCACCGUCCCGGGCCUCAUCCUCGUGGGACAGGCGUUGGAAAAGCAUCUGUCAUGGGUCGCCGUCGCCUUCGGCUGGGCCAUGUACACCGCCGCGGUCAUGAUGUUCUCGGUGCCCCUGUUCGCCUACGCGCUCGACUCUUACCGCAACGCUCCCGGCGAAGUGUCGGCGUGGUUCAACUUUGCACGCAUCAUCGGCGGCUUCUCCGUGGGGUAUUUCCAGCAGGGCUGGGGCCUGCGAUCCGGGUUCGACGUCUCGUUUGGUGUGCAGGCCGCCAUCGUCGCGUCGGGGGGCCUGAUCAUUCUGGCGCUCCAGAUCUACGGCGAGAAGCUCCGCGCCAGGGGCGGUGUCCUGCGAGACUGA